UCAUGUAUCCCUCUUAUGGAGCUUUCCCAGUUAUUAACUCAACAAGGUUUGAAUACAUUUGUAAACACAGAGUUCGAUCAUAAGCGCAUUAUAAACGCACUGGCCGGCGAUGACAACAUCAUCCAGAAUGGUAUAAAUCUUGUAUCAAUCACAGAUGGAUUAGAUUCAGUAGAAGAAAGGAGGAAGGCAGGUAAGACAUCAGAAGCAGUUUUGCAGGUCAUGCCAGGGAAAGUGGAGGAACUGAUUAAGAAAAUGAAUGGAUCAGAUAGUGAGAAGCUCUCUUGUGUGAUAGCUGAUCAGAGCAUUAGUUGGGCCUUGGAAAUUGCAGAGAAACAUAGAAUCAAGAGAGCUGCUUUCUGUCCUGCUGCAGCUGCAUCACUGGUCUUGACUUUCAGCAUUCAGAAAUUGAUUGAUGAUGGAAUUAUUGAUGAUGAUGGAACUCCUACUGGAAACCAAAUUUUCAAGUUGUCUCCAACAAUGCCUGCCAUGAACACGGAACAGUUAAUGUGGGCAAGCUUUGGGAGCAAAGAAGUUCAGAAAAAUAUAUUUAAGCUUAUUAACAACAACAAUAGAUCAGUUCAAUUGACAGAAUGGCUGCUAUGUAACACAACAUAUGACCUUGAACCUGGUGCAUUAGUUUUGUAUCCAAAAAUUCUACCCAUAGGUCCAUUACCAGCGAGAAUCAGACACCAUGAUUCGGCUGCAAACUUCUGGGCAGAAGAUUCAGCCUGUUUAGACUGGCUGGACCAGCAGCAGCCGCAGUCUGUCAUAUACAUUGCAUUUGGUAGUAUCACAAUUUUGAACCCAAUCCAGAUCAAGGAACUGGCCCUGGGACUUGAGCUCAUCAACAGACCAUUCUUGUGGGCUCUGGGUCCUAAUAAUAGAUGUCCUGAAGGAUUUGAAGACAGACUAAGCAUCCAUGGCAAGUUAGUCUGUUGGGCACCACAACAGAAGGUCCUUAGUCAUCCUUCUAUUGCUUGCUUUGUCAGCCAUUGUGGGUGGAACUCCACCAUUGAAGGUGUCAGUAACGGAGUCCCAAUUCUUUGCUGGCCUCACUUUGCUGACCAGUUCAUCAAUCAUGCUUACAUUUGUGAUAUUUGGAAGACUGGACUGGGUGUUAAGAGAGAUGAGAAAGAGAUCAUUACAAGAUUAGAAAUUAGAAACAAAGUGGACCAAAUUCUGGGGAAUGAAGAGUACAAAGAAAGGGCAUUGAAGCUCAAAGAAAUGGUAAUGAGUAGCAUCAAAGAAGGAGGUGGGUCUUACAACAACUUUGAGAAUUUUGUCAAAUGGCUCAAGGAAUAGAUAAGUGUACAUCUCAAUUUGCUGCUACUACUUCUCUGCGUUUCACUUUUU